AUGGAGGCCGCUUCAUCAGCAAUCAACAAGCUUCUGUCCAAUGCAGGCCUGAAGGACACCACUGUUGAGCAGGAGGUAGCCCCCGCGGUCCAGCACGAGCACGUCAAGAAGCUACAUGAGACCCAGGAGCAGACCGUGGUCGACCGUGAAGUCCACCAGGACCACUACCACACCACCGUCCAGCCCCUGCAAGAUCAGGAGAUUGAGGCCACCAAGCAUGACCAGGUCACUGCGGACACGAUUGAGCGUGAGGUCAACAACGACACCGAGGCAGAGAAGAUCAGAGCCAAGGCGGAGGCAGACCGAAGAGCGUUUGAGAACACCACCGAUGAGGAGAUUCAGGAGAAGACUGUCACCGACGAGACCAAGGUUGGCGAGCAUGUGCACCRCCACGUCCACGAGGUCAUCCAGCCCGUGAUUGAAAAGGAGGUCAUCAAGCCUUCCGUCACCCACAAGGUCAUCCCCGUUCACGAGGUCGUCCACGAAGCUUCCAAGUACGAGGGCGUCACGACAAGGGCUCCCAUCAGCAUCAGCGAAUUCGCCCAGCCUCUGGACGGAAGCAGCAAAAUCGAGCGCAAGCAUGACGGUACCCCUGUCAUCUCKGAGGAGACUGCUGUCGCGGCCGUCAAGGAGGAUUAG